AUUCAUACAUUUAUUCUCGCGUAGUCAACAAGUUAUAUUUGUGAUUUAGUUUCUUUAGUUUUUUAGUCUGACCUAUUCUUUCUUUGUCCAUUAAUUAAUAGUCGUGAUACUAAAACCCACGAUUUUCUGUUCACCAAUCAAAUGAAAAUUUUAUAGAAAAACAGAUUUUUAGCCGAAAAAGGAAUAAUUUAAAUAAAAAUUAUCAAAUGGUUCUUUGGACUACAGCUUUGGACGGAGGUCCAAGAAGAGUUAACCAUGCAAGUGUAGCAAUCGGAGAUUUUAUUUAUUCGUUCGGUGGUUAUUGUUCCGGUGAAGAUUACAAACUCUCUCGACCUAUGGAUGUUCAUGUUUUGAACACAAACAAUUUACGCUGGUCAUUGCUUCCAACAAAAAAAGAUAAAGCGUAUCCAAAUGUUCCUUUCCAAAGAUACGGACAUACGGCUGUUGCAUAUGAAAGCAAGGUAUACAUAUUUGGCGGCCGGAAUGAUGAGAUGGUUUGUGAUAUUCUUUUUUGCUUUGAUACAAAAACUCUUGAGUGGGAAACACCAAAAGUUAGUGGAAGCUUACCAGAAGCGAGAGAUGGACACUCAGCUUGUAUUGUUGACUCAAAAAUGUACAUAUUUGGUGGCUUUGAAGAAGUUAUGGAUCAAUUCUCGUGUGAUGUACAUUGUCUUGAUUUGCUGACAAUGCAAUGGAGAUUUAUUCAUACCUUCGGCUCACCACCUUCGUAUCGAGACUUUCAUACUGCUACUGUGAUAAAUGAUCGUAUGUACAUUUUUGGAGGACGUGGUGACGUACAUUCGCCUUAUCAUUCACAAGAUGAUAUUUACUGUCCAAAAAUCGUGUAUUUAGACUUGAAAACCCAUCAAUGGAUUAUGCCGUUGACAACAAACAAAGAACCCAUCGGACGAAGGUCACAUAGUGCAUUCGUAUACAAUGGAUUGAUGUGGAUAUUUGGCGGAUAUAAUGGAAUAUUAGAUCUUCACUUCAAUGACCUGCACUGCUUCGAUCCGGUUAAAAAUGUUUGGCACCUCAUUGAAGCGCACGGCACAUCGCCAAAAGCGCGUCGUAGACAAUCAUGUAUAGUGAUUGGCAAGAAGAUGUAUUUAUUCGGCGGAACAUGCCCAUCUAAGAACAAUUCAAUCGCGUCAGCAGAAAAUCUUAGCUCAAAUCAAUUGGUUGACUACAAUGAUACGCAUGUGUUAGAUUUCGAGCCAUCAUUGAAGACACUUUGCAUUUUGGCUGUUAUUCGUUAUAAUGUCAACUUAGCGGACCUUCCUCGAGAACUUCGAUAUGAAAUUCGGAUGAUGCUACAAGCGAACUCAAUCAGUCGUCCGCUCACAAAUACCGGCUAGCAAACAACAAACUCAAUUAUAAUCAAUUUAAUUUUUUUGAUGUUGAUUAACGUUGUUUACAGUUUACUUUACAAAUGAUUCAUUUUCUACGUAUUUGGACUUUGUUUUUUUGUUUUUUUCCGUUUAAUUCAACGGAUGCAUGUUGAAUUUUGUAUUUUAAUGUCAUUUUUAAGUUUGUUUCCAAGACUUUUGAAAAACCAGACACAAGUUAGUCUACUUUUACUUAUCUCCAUUCUUAAAUUGAUUAUAAUUGAGGCGUUCAAAUCAACUGAUAAUAUUCUUAUCAUUAUCAAUUUUGUUUAUAAAGCAUUCUCAAGGUGUCAAAACUAUGUAUGUCAGUGAACCAUGAAUUGCAACCGAGAUUAGUUUUUCUCUUUUAAACCUCAUUUUGCUUUCCUAUUUGUACAGAAAAAUAUUAAUAAAUAUUUUAACAAUAUGAAUGAUCAUGAUGGAAGUCAAGUUCACAACAAACAUUCAGCUUCUCUUUUUUAUAAAACAAUUUCCUCAAUUCAACAUUUUUUACAUUGUUCAAAUGAUUUUAAGGUUGCUUAAUUCACGUGUUUUUAAAGCCAUACAAUGAUAAGGCCAGAAUGUAAACAUAUUUCAAUCAAAAGGGAAGUUGAAAGAUAAAAAAAAUCGUUUCAAAGUAAACAAAAGAACAAAAAUUUGAUAAACAGAAGGAAAGAAAACGAAUGAAAUUUAUUUAUCGAUAAUAUUUUUGUCUUAAUGUAAUAGAAGUGUCAUCAUAAUUAACAUGUUUGUAAACUUUUUGUCCUAUUGAAAGCAUGGGAAAUGAAUAACAAAAGCAUCAAUUUAUGUAGAAUAAAAUUUAGAAGAAAUUUUUUAAUCUCAAAGUCAUUUCGGACGAAGCAGGGAACCAAAUGAAGAAUUAAUUUGAAUGUAUUUUCUGAUACGAAAAAGAAAAGUUUUGAUGCAACUUCCAAUUUUUCACCAUGCUUUGAUAAUUUUUAAGACCUUUAUAUUAACUUUGUGCAAAUCUUAUCUAACAGUCAAAAAGUUUGAAUAAAGAUUUGUAAAUAAAAAUAAA